ACGCGUUUUAGACGCAGCUGGUUAGCUAGGUUACGUACUGGAAUUGUGCAACCUAGCUGAAGGAAAGCAUAUUAAAGAUAUGGCAGGUGUGGAUAUGGACCCGGAGACGGCGCGUGGGUUGUUUGAGGAAGGAGCUACGUUGGUGCUCCUGGGAGUCCCCGAGGGCACUGAGCUGGGCAUGGAUUACAAGAGUUGGCAGGUGGGCCCACGAUUUCGGGGGUUGAAGAUGAUCCCACCAGGCCUACACUUUUUGCACUACAGCUCCUGCAAUGUUAACAGGGGUGGGGAGAUGGGCCCGAAAACUGGGCUCUUUCUGUUUUUGCAGCCCCGUGAGGUCCAGCUGGCUCGUUGGAACGAGAAGGAGGAGGACCUGGACUUUUCACCCUCACAGAACCAGGAGGAGGUUGACCGGGUGAAGGCAGGUUUGCAGGACUUGGACCCAUUUCUGGGGCCCUACCCUUACGAAACGCUGCGCAAGUGGGUCUCGCUGACGGACAGGCUGACUCCGGAGGUGGCCAGCGGCCUGCAGCCCCUGAGCGGCAGGAUCUGCGCCUUCGGCGACGUGAUGCCAGAGCUGCAGCUGCCCCACACCAAGGACCGAGAGGAGCAGAACCUUCCCCGCAAUGACACGGAGUGCCAGAGCAUGCGGGAGGGGCUGGAGCGUCUGCCCCGCAUGAAGCAGAGGGCCGGUACAGAGCUGCGCUUUUCCCACAUCCCCAAACAGACGUACCCGCCGGGAGCAACGCCCGCCCAGAUCACUCAGUACAGCAUGGACCUCAGCUAUGCCCUGGAUUGUCUACUGGAGAGCAACUACAAGCAGGAGCCGCUGCAUGUGCUUGGUGAGCUGCAGUUUGCCUUCGUCUGCUUCUUGGUCGGGAACGUGUACGAGGGCUUCGAGCACUGGAAGAGGCUGCUGGCGCUCCUGUGUCGCUCAGAGACGGCCAUGUGCGCCCGUCGUGACCUCUACCUCGGCCUCAUUGCCGUGCUCUACCACCAGCUGGGGGAGGUCCCAUCGGACUUCUAUGUCGACAUCGUGUCGCAGGACAACUUCCUCACCUCCACUCUGCGGGAUUUUUUCCAGUUUGCCAGUGGCCCAGGGGUAGACGCUUCACUGAGGAAACGAGCGCAGAAGUUCAAAGUGCACUUGACUAAGAAGUUUCGCUGGAAUUUCGAGGAGGACCUAGAAGACUGUGCCCCCGUGGUGGUGCAGCUUCCUGAAGGUGUGACCCUGGAGUGACACCUGGGGGGAGGAUUAAGAGUGGCCUCAGGAGCCCAGGUACAGUGGCGAGUCAUGAGACCUGGGCACACACCUGCAGAACUCCAAGCACCUUGCUGAGGUUGAGGUGGGGCCUCACUGGAAAAAGGGUGGCUGUUACGGAAUUUGGAAUGUGGAAUGUGGAAUGCACGUUGCUCCAAUGGGAACGUCACAACUGACUCA